AUGAACGACUUUUUGGUCAGGUGCUUUCAGAGGGCAAACAUACCCACAAUUAAAGAACCCACGGGUCUUAUGGAGGAAGGUAGCCUCAGGCCCGAUGGGUAUACUAUUUCACCAUGUGCGAAGGGACGUUCCCUUGCUUGGGAUGUUACGUUCCCUCACACCAUGGCUGAAAGGUACAUUAAUCUUACCUCACUGGAGGCGGGUGCCGCUGCCUUAAGAGCCGCAGACUUUAAAAAUUCAAAAUAUGCGGCUCUUGCAGAAAGCAAAAUUUUUCAGCCAGUCUGCAUUGAGACCUUUGGUCCAACCGAUGCUCAGACUCAGAGUUUUCUGAAUGAACUCUGUAGCAGGAUUGUAGAAGUAUCGGGUGACCCAUUAGAUAAGAGUUAUGUAAAGCAAUCCUUUUCUAUUUUACUUCAAAAAUAUAGUUCUUUCUGUAUUUAG